CUUCCUGUUUGGUUGACUUCCGGUAUUCGUCUGAACACAAGUAGCCCAUGUUGCUGUCCUCUGUAAUAAUCUCUGUUGCCAUUCUACACAAAGCAGCUAGAAGCAAUGCCUGUCACUCGCCUUCUGCCCAGCAAACUGCACUUGGACAUAAGGGUCCACCAGGUCUUUGUUCUCGCCUAUGAAGGCCUUCUUGACGUUGGCCAUGAUGCUGGUGUUCAUCCUGGGCAGACCCUCGGCCCUGUAGACCUUCAGGUAGUAGCGGGCCCACUGGCGCUCGGCCGGGACCCCCUCCGGGAUCAAGAGGUUGCUGGAGGACAACAACAUCAGUCGGGACUCCACAAGUCCUACGAAUGGAGUGACGCAGAGGUGUCAAACUCAAGGCCCGCAGACCAGAUCUUCAUUUUAUAUGGCCCGUGUCAAUAAAGUCCAGUGUCAAUGUUUGGCGACCCGGUUAUCAGCGUCUUGCUCUUGCUCGUGCUCCGCCGACUCUGUGCAUGCACGCCGCAUGAGCGCCAUGGUGUCCAGUGUCAUGUGACACGCUCCAAGCUGGCUGCUGCCAAGGAAGCAUCCAGGUGGGUCUGACCUCAGGUGAACCCAACACAGGAUGAGUGAAAGUAAAGCGGAACAGCCCACAAGAGAGGAGAUGUUUUAAUAGGAGAGGCUUUUUAUAGACUUACAUUAGAGGAGUCUUAUCAAGAACAAGGGGACGCGCUGUUUGCUCCACGGUCCUCUCCUCGCCGCCGAUGGGCGAGCAGCUGAUGCAGGGGGGGCAGCACCCUGCACGCAGCCCCCCGAGGCGCCUUCAAAUAGACGGCGUGAGGAGGAGGAGGAGGAAGAGGAGUGUGGAGCUGCACGGAAGCGAGAGCAUAGGCAUGCCAGGCUCCGUCGCCAUCAUGGCCGUGCAGAAGAGCGCCACCCAGCCACCGCAGGCGCCACGCGGGACGAAUGGGCAAGGAGACCGGAGAGACAAUGACGCAAGAGCCAAUCUGAGGAGGCCGGUGAGCUCAGUCGUAAUGCCCCCAAGGUCCAGCUCAGUGGCUGGGGGAGCCAACAUAGACGAGAGGCUUAAAGCAGCGCGGGAAAGGAGAGAGGAGCAGCAGAAGUUACUCGCCUGGCGGGUGCAGAGCAGGCAGGAGCGUGAGCAGCGAGCCAAGCUGCACUACGAGCAGCAGCUGCAGGAGCGCCAGAGGAAGCUGCGGGAGCAAAAGAUCAAGGAGGAGAGUAGACGCUACGCCGUGGAGGAGAAACGCAAACUGCGACUCCUGGAGGAAAAAGAGCGCAAUGAAACGACGGUGCGCAGGACGCAGGAAAAGAGCCAAAAAGCCCAACAGAACUUCAGUCAGACUCUGAGAGGCAGGAAGCCCACCAGUACUGUUCCACGUCACUUAGCCCUCAGCACAUGGGAGAAGAACCUGGUGAGUCGCCUGCUAACCCCCACAAGCUCUUAUCUGGCCCGAAGCAAGAGCUCUGCUUGCCAGUCGGGAGAAGAAGUCGUUCAUAUUUGUCGCCGCGCAGUUUCCUUCUACUCCACAACCAGCAGCAGCUCCAGCAGCGCCCCGCAGAGACCCCAGGAGCCAAAACCGCAGAUCCAGAGGCCACAGAACCAGAGGCUUCAGAAUCGCAGACCCCAGGAGCUGAAACCGCAGAUCCAAAGGUCGCCGAACCAGAGGCUGCAGAGCCAGAAACCCCAGGAACAAAAACCUCAGAACCAGAGACUCCUGGAACAGAAACCCCAGAACCAGAGGCCUCAGAACCAGAGGCUUCAGAACCAGAGACCACAGGAACAGAAACCCCAGAACCAGAGGCCUCAGAACCAGAGACCCCAGGAACAGAAACCCCAGAUCCAGAGGCUUCAGAAUCGCAUACUACAGAACCAGAGACCGAAACCCUCCUUGAGUCCCAGCCACAGCCAGACCAGAAGCACCAACAAUAGACAGCCUAAAACCAGCAUGCAGCAUGAUGCUAACAAGAGGAACAUCAGCCCGAGUGUUCGCUCACCUCCCAACAAAACCAGCAGGACAGCAUCAUCUCCCUCUCCAGACCAAGUCCAUAGAAGAUCUGGCCGGCGGCAUUCCAUCCCUCUGCAACUGGACCUGCCGUCUGUUCCUGAGGAAGAUGCUCCCAUCUGCACAUCGGUUUUGUCGCCCGGCAACUCCAGGCCUGCCAGAAUAUCCGCCGAAGGUCAGCAUGAAGACGAAAUGGAGGACUCUCCCGAGGAUCCUUCAGACCUGCUCGGCUUUGAGGCAGAACUUGACGGCAGAACCGCCGGAGAUGGAAGUCCCUCCAAGUUUCCUCCUUGUCUACCAGAAGUCCAGCUCAGGGCUUUGGCCGGUACCAGCGACCCAGAAGAAAGCUCCCGUCUCCUGGCUGAGAAGAGGCGUGAGGCCCGCCUGCUCAGAGAGCGAGAGGAACAGGAGAGCCUCCAAGCGGCCGAGGCAGAAAGGCGGAGUCGCGAAGAACUGGAGCGCCGCAGGGCCGAGGCGCAGCGUCUGAUCGCCGACAAGAGGAGGCGGGAGGAGGAGGAGCAGAGGCGGGCGGAGGAGGAGAUCGCUCAGGCCAGGAGGGAAGCAGCUCUUCUGCAUAAAAAGAGGGAGGAGGAACAAACCAGGGAGCGAGAAAAAGCAGCCCAGUUGGCGAAGGAGCGAGAGAUGCUCGCCCAGAAAGAAGAAGCAGAACGCCAAGUCAGGAAGAAGCGACUGGAGGAGAUCAUGCGGCGGACCAGAAGAACAACUUCUCCCGACACGAAAUCGGCGGCGGCGAGCAUCUUACCGAAAGAGAGCUCGGAGCCUCCUGUGCACGGUGGCGCCGACAAGGUGCCGGAGGCGGGGUCCCGGCCCCAGCAGUUGGUCCUGGACGCCGCCGCCGCCGACGACAUGGGGGUGCCCGUGGUGGCCUUCAAGGAGCGCAGGUCUCUCAGGACCCUGGAAGACAUUCAGACGCACCAACGAGCCGAGGUCAUCUGAGUUCCUGCAAAGAGACAAGCAGUGACAUCGCAAGGACGACAACAAGGCAGAAUUUUGCUGCAUGGAAAGUCCCCGCCAUUCUUCUUCUGUGAGAAUGUAACACUAAGGCUAACUUGUGUGUGUGUGUGUGUGUGUGUGUGUGUGUGUGUGUGUGUGUGUGUGUGUGUGUGUGUGUGUGUGUGUGUGUGUGUGUGUGUGUGUGUGUGUGUGUGUGUGUGUGUGUGUGUGUUGUAUUUCUACCCUUCUUGAGACAUAAAGAAGGAAAAGUAUCUUCCAUGUGAGGAGGUGUGACAUAAAUCAUGGUCCCAAUAACAUUGCAUCUAAUAGACAAUGUCUCAUUUGCACCCCCUGGUGGUGACAUCUAUCAAAAUGAGGGUGGUCCCAAAAAGGAGGGAUUUUUCAAAUUGAGUGUGUGUCGGUUUUAAAAAGUGCCCCUCUGGUCAACAUAUGAAAUAACAAGUUUAUGGGGAAAAAAUUUGAAGUGCUCCCCCUCUGGUCAACAUAUGAAAUACCAAGUUUAUGAAAAAAAAAUUGAAGUGCUCCCCCUCUGGUCAACAUAUGAAAUAACAAGUUUAUGAAAAAAUGUUUGAAGUGCGCCCCCUCUGGUCAACAUAUGAAAUAACAAGUUUAUGAAAAAAAAAUUAAGUGCGCCCCCUCUGGUCAACGUAUGAAAUAACAAGUUUACGGGAAAAAAAAUUGAAGUGCUCCCCCUCUGGUCAACAUAUGAAAUAACAAGUUUACGAGAAAAAAAAUUGAAGUGCUCCCCCUCUGGUCAACAUAUGAAAUAACAAGUUUACGAAAAAAAAAUUUAAGUGCUCCCCCUCUGCUCAACAUAUGAAAUAACAAAUUUAUGAAAAGAAAAUUGAAGUGCUACCCCUCUGGUCAACAUAUGAAAUAACAAGUUUAUGAAAAAAAAAAUUGAAGUGCUUCCCCUCUGGCCAACAUAUGAAAUAACACGUUUAUGAAAACAAUUUGAAGUGCUCCCCCUCUGGUCAACAUAUGAAAUAACAAGUUUAUGAAAAAAAAUUGAAGUGCUCCCCACUCUGGUCAACAUAUGAAAUAACAAGUUUAUGAAAAAAAAAAUUGAAGUGCUCCCCCUCUGGUCAACAUAUGAAAUAACAAUUUUAUUUAAAACAAUUUGAAGUGCUCCCCCUCUGGUCAACAUAUGAAAUAACAAGUUUAUGAA